ACCGGAAACGACCAGAAGACGUUUUGUUGUCGUUGUGAGAGAAAACAGUAAAGGCACGUGUUAUCAAUUCUGUUUAAGGUAAAAUUGAGUUUUAUGUCCAGUGAGUAACGGUAAAAAACUACUCCAGUUUUCACGGGACGAACCAGCCAGGGGCUUUUGUGGCAGUUUAGGUUGUAUCCGUGACAUAAUUUGAGAUGAAGCCUCCUCCUCGUAAACGCAAGAAAAAGAACCUGAGUAUUGAACCACCACCGGCUCCACUGAAAGUGUCCGGUACCUGGCAGCGGCCCGAGCAGAAGAAGCUCCUGAAAGCCCUGAAGGAACUCCGGGAGACCAACAACGUCAACGAAGACAUUGACUGUGAAUUCCUGAGAAAACAUGUCCGCACCCGCUCCAUUUUAGAGAUCAACACUAUGGUGGAACUUCUGAAGAGCCAGGUGAUCUCCUUUGCCACCUUAGAACUGAGGAAGAAGAUGCAGGAGGAUAAGGACAGGAAGCCCAUCGAGGAGUGGACACGCAUGGCCUCUCUGGUGGCUGGAGCCCAGGAAGAAACCGUUUCAGAUGCUUUCUCUCGGAUGCUCACAGUGUGCUCCACAGAGCCUAACACCCUGAGAUACUCCAACCCCCCCCGGGUCAACAGACCCCCCACAGAACAGGACAGGCCUGUAGGAUGCACCGUCCCUCUGAGGCCAGUUCCCCGUCUGCCAGUCAAAGCCCGUCCAAUCAGAGCACUGAAGAGUCCAGCAGCAGCCAUGAGCCCAGGAGUGACCCCACGACCGCUCUCUACUGCAGCUGGAGCCUCACCUGCUCCCCCCCCCACCUCUCAGUCUGCGCAGCCCUCAGAGCGACCCCCCACCACCACCUCGUCGUCAGAGUCCCCCUCAUCCAGUCCUCACACGUCUCCCACCAGCCGAGCUCCAGCCCCCAGUCCUGCACCAUCCUCCGGGGCUUCCGCCCCCCCCCCCCCUCCUCACCCCCGUGCGGCAAUUCACGCCAAGUUUGGUCGCACCAGCAAAUGUGUCCCCCAGCACUCUCCCAUGGGGCUGGCCGUGCAGAGCGUGGUGGACUUUGAGAGGAUCUACCACUACCUGAGUAUCAUCAACACCCCCGGCGAGAGCUGUACCCUCACCGCUAUGGAGAGUGCGAUAGUGGUUGACCUGUUGAUGUCUCUGCCUGAGGAGCUGCCCCUGCUGGACUGCAGCAAACUGAAGAAACAUCUGCUCCAGGUGUACCGAUUUCUCUCCUCCACCGCUGACUCCAAGAUGGCCACAGAAAUGUUGAAAGAGCUGAAGGGGGGACUCUGUGUUCAGACAGACGGCACCAGAACAAACGGAGAGCAGAACGCCGCUGGGUCAGCUGACAGCAGUGAUGUCACGGACAGUGGAGAAAAGAGACUGCAGCCGGAGGAAGCUGAGAGCCAAUCAUCAGGGAGCAAUAACGCCACCGGCCAAUCAGGGGAGCUGGACUUAACGGGACUCUGUCUGCCCCUCAACCCAUUUAUGGUGCCUCUGAAACUCUUACAGCGCAAAUAGGCAGUUUAAAAUGUGUUUUUUUUUUUAAUACUUGGUAUUGAUAGGUCAUUAUUCAAAUGUAAAUGUUGUCCUUUUUUUUUAGGCAUAGUUCAGCUGCUUUUGUUAAGACAACAAUAAACACUGAUGCAUCAACAA